AAUCAUCCAUCUAGGCAAACAUGGGGAGGUUGGAUGCAUGCUAUGACUGAAGUGGUAGACAAAGAUCCGGGGCUACUGGUGGUACACAGAAGUAAUGAGGAUGGGAGGAAAGCUGCUGCUCUGAAAGAGGGAGACAACAGGCUGGAGGAAUUGGGGUACGUUCACCAAGCUGGGAGGGGGCUCAAAAUUGGUAUUCAUUUCUGAGCAGCUGCUGGUAUGUCAGAGGCUUGGAAUUGGCAUGGUAAAUCUAAAACCGUCUCAGCAGUGGUUAGCUGACCUCACCCAAGUUCCAAGCCCUACUCUGCUUGAUCCUUUUUUCUUGAGCCUCAGAGCUAAAAUGUUCCUGAGCUCUUUCCUAUUGGCUGGGAAGACCAAUUGAAGUUCCCUUGCCCAUGUUAGGAGGUGUACACCUCCUGAACUAAAGAUAGAAACAGCUGGCCCUUCCAGGCAGCUAAAAGCCUCCUGACUAAGAGGUGUUCCCCACUCGGCAGCCAGACUCCUUGAAACACCCUUUCAGUAAUUCUACCAACGCCUCCAUGUCUCUACUCUGCCAUAACAAAGGCUGUGGGCAGCACUUUGACCCCCAAACCAACCUUCCUGAUUCCUGUUGCCAUCACCCUGGGGUCCCCAUCUUCCAUGAUGCACUUAAGGGUUGGUCCUGCUGCCGGAAGCGAACUGUAGAUUUCUCUGAGUUCUUAAACAUCAAGGGCUGUACUGUGGGACCACACUGUGCUGAGAAGCUCCCUGAGACCCCUCAACCUGAGGGCCCUGCCACAAGCAGUUCACUUCAGGAGCAAAAACCUCCGAAUACGAUUCCAAAGUCAGCAGAGACUUUGCGCCGGGAGAGGCCCAAGUCAGAGUUGCCUCCAAAGCUGCUUCCGCUAAAUAUAUCCCAAGCCCUGGGAAUGGCACUGGAAAAGAAGGAAUUAGACCAAGAACCUGGAGCAGGACUUGACAGUAGUCUGAUCCAGACUGGUGCCAGCUGCCAGAACCCAGGAUGUGAUGCUGUUUACCAAGGCCCGGAGAGUGAUGCUACUCCAUGUACCUACCACCCAGGAGCACCUCGAUUCCAUGAGGGGAUGAAAUCUUGGACUUGUUGUGGUAUCCAGACCCUGGAUUUUGGGGCAUUCCUGGCACAGCCAGGGUGCAGAGUUGGUAGACAUGACUGGGGGAAGCAGCUGCCAGCGUCUUGCCGUCAUGAUUGGCACCAGACAGAUUCCUUAGUAGUGGUGACUGUAUACGGUCAGAUUCCACUUCCUGCGUUCAACUGGGUGAAGGCCAGUCAAACUGAGCUUCAUGUCCACAUUGUCUUUGAUGGUAACCGUGUGUUCCAAGCACAGAUGAAGCUCUGGGGGGUCAUAAACGUGGAGCAGAGCUCUGUCUCCUUGAUGCCAUCUCGGGUUGAAAUCUCCCUGGUCAAGGCUGACCCAGGAUCCUGGGCCCAGCUGGAGCACCCCGAUGCACUGGCUGAGAAGGCUAAGGCAGGGGUUGGGUUAGAGAUGGAUGAGGAAGAAUCUGAGGAUUCAGAUGAUGACCUGAGCUGGACAGAGGAGGAGGAAGAGGAGGAAGUGAUGGGGGAAUAGUGACACCAGACAGUCAAGUGCCUAGAUAGGACCUCAGUGACUCCCUUAGGAUCUCAGAGACCAGGAUAUGGUUGGCCAUGUGGUGUCAUUGAGCAGCAGGAGGCAGAAGGAGUGGAGAACAAAAGUGUCCCAACCAUUCUGUUUUUUUCCCUUAAAUAAAUCUUGUAUUCUGCAGUUUCA